AUGUCGGCGAAAGAGGAGGACGUCGCUGUUGGCGAUGGCAGCCUGGGUGGCUUUGAGUCGGUUGAGAAAAUCCUGGAGGCAUACAUCCCACCAGACAAGCUAGCACAUGUGCAACGCAUCCUGUAUGGCUGGAACUGCGGCAAGCCAGUGGCGCCCCUGCCGCUGGCGCGCGAGCUGGCGGCGGCAGCAGCAGCCGCCAACUUUGACCUGCAAGCCUACCGCUUUGGGGCAGCCCCCGAGCAGCUGCGGCCGCUGCGCAUCAUGCGGGUGGGCCUGGUGCAGCACGGCAUCCAGCUGCCCACCAGUGCGCCCUUUGCGGAGCAGCGGCAGGCCAUCCACACCCGCGUGCGGCAGCUGAUGGAUGCGGCUGGGGCGGCGGGGGUGCAGGUGCUGUGCCUGCAGGAGUUCUGGCCCUGCCCCUUCUUCUUCUGCACCCGAGAGAGGCAGUGGCUGGAGCUGGCGGAGUCGGCGGAGGAGGGCCCCUCCACGCGGCUGUGCCAGGAGCUGGCGCGCAAGCAUGGCAUGGUCGUCAUCAGCCCCAUCCUGGAGCGGGACGAGGCGCACGGUGGCACGAUCUGGAACACCGCCGUGGUGGUGGGCAGCAACGGCGGCGUGAUUGGCAAGCACCGCAAGAACCACAUCACCCGUGUGGGCGACUUCAACGAGUCCACCUACUACAUGGAGGGCAACACGGGGCACCCGGUGUUCGAGACGGCGUUUGGCAGGAUUGCGGUCAACAUCUGCUACGGCAGGCACAUCCCGCUAAACUGCCAGGCCUUUGGUCUGAACGGCGCCGAGGUGGUGUUCAAUCCCUGCGCCACCGUGGAGGGCUUCACGGAACCGAUGUGGGGGCUACUACAUGUGUGCCAUCAACCGGUGGGCACCGAAGUCUACCCCGCACCCUUCACCAGCGGCGACGGCAAGCCGGCGCACAGGGUGGGCGGCGGCGGCGGCGGUGGCGGUGGCGUGGACCUAGGCCCCUUUUACGGCAGCAGCUACGUGACGGCCCCCGAUGCAUCGCGCACGCCUUCGCUGGCGCGCAACCGUGACGGCCUGCUGGUGGCAGACCUGGACCUCAACCUGUGCCAGCAGGUCAAGGACCGGUGGGGCUUCCAGAUGACCUCGCGGUAUGAGAUGUACGCUGAGCAGCUGGCGCGGUACGUGCGGCCCGACUUCACUCCGCAAGUGAUCAGGGACCCGGCGCUGUGA